UCCAUAUUCCCUUAUUUCUUCACUUUCUUUCUUCUUCUAUUUUUUCCUUAUGGAUUUCAGGUUCCGAGCCAACGAUAACAAAUCGCCGGCCACCGCCACUUCCACCUCCGUCCGCUCCUUCGAUCAACUGCUUCAAGAUUCUUUAAAUGCCGAGCUCUUGAAGCAGAGGAUGAAAGACGAAAUAAUGAUCAGAGAGAUCGCUAGCCGCAGAAUGCUCGAGGCAGAGAUCAGAAGAGAGCUAAUUAUCGAACAAGAACUGGCGAAGCGUAGGGUUGAAGGCAGGACGGAAGGCUUAUUGUUUGACGAUCAAUUUUCCGUCAGAUUGUUGGACCAGAUCAGGAUGAAUCACAACAUUGUGGAUCCGUUUAGAGGUUUACUGACGGUUCCAGGUUCCAGUUCUUCGCCCUUACCUGUUUGUCCAGUUCCGAAUCCUCAAAACGAAGAACCAAAACCUUUCGAUGAUAAAAAAAACAAGUUAAUCGUUCUGCCGAAGCCAGACCCAGCAAAAUUCGAAGGGAAGAGGAAAGCUGAGGGAGAAGCAGCAGAGGUUGAUACUGAUCAAAAAACCCCAACUCAUUGGAUCAGUUCAAAGAAAUUAGCCAAAGAAGAGUUUGUUUGUAGCAUGUGCAAUGUUCAGGUCACAAGUGAAAUUAGUUUCAAUGCACAUUUAAAAGGCAAGAAGCACAUGGCCAAAGAAGGGCGUAGCCUACAAACUCAAGAGCCGAGCCCAGCGGAAGAUCUGAAAGAAAAAUUAGACAAUCAAAAGAAGGACGCAGAUAAAAAAUCAGCCCUUAAAAACAAGGUCCAUUUUAAAUUCUGGUGCAAGAUUUGCGAAAUUGGAACCCCUUGCAUGGCUAUAAUGGUCUCACAUAACAAUGGGAAGAAGCACAAGGCUCGCCUAUUGAAACUUUCUCAACAGUCCAAAUUGGACGACCAAAAGGACGAACCGAACCCCUUAUGA